AGCUGCAGCAUGUUCGUCCAACUUCGGAGGUCCUCCUAGUGACUGCACCUCCUGCCAUGGCGAGCAUCGCACGGCGGGGAUGACGAUCUUCGUGCGAUGACGUCAUAUCGCUUUACCAACCUACUGGGCGCCACAUACAAGGGCGGAAGUUUAGAGUAUACUCCUGAUGGCAAUGUUCUCCUCAGCCCCGUGGGGAACCGGGUGAACGCCGUGGAUUUGGUGCAAGGGAGGUGUGUCACCUUGGAACCGGAGAACCGUGAGGAUGUGGCCUUGUUGGCUCUGACGCAGGAUGGACGACUCCUUUUGUCAAUUGACGUGAGUGGCCAUGCCUUGUUGAUCAAUUUCGUGCGGUGCUCUGUGCUCACGCGGAUCAACUUCAAGGGACGAGUGCAUGCUGCGAAGUGGAGCCCCAAUGGCAAAUGGCUGGUGGUAAGCCAUGCACGAAAAACCAUGCUUUGGAGGACGCCAACCGUUGAGCUUGGAUGGCAGUUUGUCAAAGAGAAAGUGGUGGCCGGUCAUCACGAUGACGUGGUGGACUUCGCUUGGACCUCCAACUCGAAGUUCUUCGCCUCGAGUUCCAAGGACGGCACGGUGCGCCUUUGGUGCACGGAGUACUUGGAGGACUUUCAGCCCAUGGCCUUGCUGGAGCACCGAAGCCCCGUGCGUGCGGUCUUCUUCUCGGAGGACAUGCACUAUAUCUACAGCAUGUCCAGAGAUGGGGUGCUGGUCGCUGCCAAGUACACCUUGAAGGAGGACACCACGGCUGACGAUGAGGAGAUUCACUUCUAUUGCCGGCCUGGCAAAUGGGCGGUGGAAUCCAAGGCCUAUUGCCAGCAGCCCAUGUACAACAAAGUCACACGCUGUGAUUUCGACCGCCAGUCCCGACUGCUGGCAGUGGGCUUCAGUUUAGGCGUCCUCAUGCUGUUUGAGAUGCCAUCACUACAAGCGCUCCAGACCUUGAGCUUGGGCCAGGAGGCACUGGAUGCCGUGCGCUUGGGGGCCAAGGGUGACUGGCUUGCAGUUGGAUCUGGCGCGGUGGGUCAGCUCCUGGUUUGGGAAUGGCGCUCCGAAACCUAUGUGCUGAAGCAACAAGGGCACCACUGGGGUGUGAAGUGCUGCGCCUUUUCCCCGGGCGCUGUGACCUUAAAGCGCGGCAAGGCCUUGGCCAGCAACGAAGCUCGCCCGGAGGAGCGGAGCAGCGCCCUGGGUGGACGGCUCUUAGCCACAGGUGGCUAUGAUGGAAAGGUGAAGCUCUUCAAUGCACAAAGUGGCCUUUGCUUCGUCACCUUUGCCGAACACACGGCGCCCGUGCAGCAGGUGUGUUUCACGCCUCAAGGCAAUGCGGUGCUGAGCGCCUCCGCGGACGGCUCGGUGCGUGCCUUCGACCUGCUCCGCUACCGGAACUUCCGCACCUUCGCGUCGCCGGACGGGCUGUGCCAGUUCUCCAGUUUGGCCGUGGAUUCUGGGGGUGAGAUUGUGGCAGCCAGCGCCAAAGGCGGGAAGUAUGCCAUCUAUGUGUGGUCCAUCCAGACAGGGAACAUCCUUGAAGUCCUCACUGGCCAUACAUCUCACGUUCAAGCCUUGCACUUCUCCCCCUCUGCGGCGCACCCUGGGCAGCUGGUGAGCGGCAGUUGGGAUGGCACCUUGAACGUGUGGGACCUCUAUGCGGGCACCCGCGGUGGUGCGGCAGAGGCGCUGCAGUGCUCCUCAAGCGUUCUAUGCGUUUCUUUCGACCCCCGCGGCAAUGACCUUCUAGCGGCGAGCUGCCUCUCUGGACAAAUUCUUUUCUGGAACGUGACCACGGCACAGACGGUGGGCUCGAUCGACGGGCUGCGGGAUAUUCAGAGCGCCCGGCAGUGGCAUGACAUGUUUUCAGCCAUCAACGCCAGAGGCGUCAAAGCUGGACGUGGCAUGCGCAAACGCAAUCCCACAGAUGGGCUGAACUUCAAUCAGCAUUACAAUUCGAUAGCCUAUGCCAAAAGUGGCGAACUGCUCCUGUGCUCUUCGCAGAAUUCGCCUUCGGUCUCGCUCUAUGAUACCACAUCAUAUGCAUUGACCUCCAGGGUGACACUGACUAGCAACCGGAGCUUGAGUGGAGUUCAGGCAUUCCUGAACAGUAAGUUCAUGACAGAGGCUGGCAUCUCCUGGAAGCAGUACGACCUGUCAGACAGUGAGGCAGAUGACCUCCAAGUCUUCAAGGAACAGGAGCGGCGGCGGAAAGCACUUGCCUUGCCAGGCGUCUCGGUUGGAGAAGCCAAAGAUGCCUACUCCGACAAGGAGCUUCAUCUUUGGAGUGUUGCCUUCAGUGCUGAUUCCCAGCAGUUUGCGGUGGCCACCACUCAUGGGGUCUUCGUGUACAGCCAGGAUGCUGGUGGCAUCGCGGGCAUCUCCGGCGGGAUCUAUGGCGGUGACAGUCGCUUCGUGCCGCAGAUCCUGACCAAAGCGGUGUCCGCACCGGCGGUGCUGAAGGCCUUGGAGGACGGCGAGAUCUCCAAGGCAAUGAUCCUGGCUCUGGCACUGAACGACUAUGCCCUGUUGCGAAAGGUCUAUGAGCAGGUCCCCGUGUCCUCCAUCGAGCUGGUGGUCGCUUCGAUCGGUGCUCCCUUGCUGCCGGCGCUGCUGCGGUUUUUGAGCCUUGAGCUGAAGCCUCAGACAGGGACGCCACAUUAUCAGUUCCACGUGCUUUGGAUCUCCUCUUUGAUCGAUCUCCACUUCCAGACCUUGCUUGAGAUGAGCAGCGGCCGGGCGCUUCGAACUGGUUCUUUGGAAUCCUCCAGCUCCGAUGUGGCGGCACUAUGCUUGCAGCUGCUGGUGGAAUUGUCCCAGAGACAUGCUGGUAUGUCCAAAAUCUUUGAGAAGAAUACCUACUCGCUGCGAUUCCUGGGCAGUGUGCCCAGUGAGACCGGAGACGAAGAGGUAGGGAAUGAAGGUAAGGAGAUCAAGGAGGAGACGAAGCCAGCUCCAGAUUUAGAGGAGGAAGCUGAAGCCGAAGCUCCACUCGUUGAAGAAGAACCACAGCUCGCUGCGCCAAAGAAAAAGAAGAAGCGCCGCUUGAAUACCUGAGAAAUGCCUCACGCCAA